GGGUCGCAACGUUGUUUAUCGAAGUUUCGAUCUCCGAACAAAAAGACAGUCAACAUUCGAAUUCGUUCUUCUUCAAAUGGACGAGGAUACGCAAGUACCCACAGACUCUGAGGACUUUCGUAAGCGACUGACAGUCCCAAGUGGCUUCAGAAACUUGCUCGAAGGCCUAACUGUGGAAAUUUUGCGUUGCAAUCCAGACAACAUUUACAAAUUUGCUGCGGAUUACUUCCAUACAAAGUUGAAAGAGCGUCAAGAGAAAGGGUACGAUGACUGUUUAUUAGGAUCACAGAUAGACGGCUAUUAUAGGUAUGAACCCUCUGGAGCCAGUAAAAGAGAACUUGACAAAGCAGCCACGAAAAUACAAUCAACAUUCCGGGGGCAUAAGGUGCGACAAGAAGCAGGAGCCUUGAAGGAGACUAGAAACACGGGACAUCGGCAAGAAACGCCAGCUACUGCUGCAGAAAAUUUUGGCGGGAAAGAACACGAGGCUGCCACUUGUAUACAAGCUAGUUACCGUGGUCACAAUGCUCGCCAGGCAUUAAAAGCGCGAAACGAGGCAGCGAUAACGAUCCAGGCCGGAUAUCGGGGCUACACAGUUAGGAAAGGCUUGGAAGAAGGCGCCAUUUCGCGACCAGUUCGUAAGGAUAGCCCUGUUUCAUGGCGGGAAGACGAAGAAGCUGCAGCCUUGAAAAUACAGUCAGCUUUCAGAGGGCACCGAGCUAGAGAAGCGAUUCGAAGUGAACGGAACAUGGACACUGGCGAAAGCGGGAGCAAAUUUAUAGCUGCGGACGGCAAUGCGGCAAAUGACAGGGACAACAUGGACGAAAGUGUUGAUGUCGACAAAGAUGCAAAACUGGGGAGAGAUAACGCCGCUACCACGAUCCAAUCAAACUAUCGCGGUUAUUACGCCCGAGAGCAGCUGAGAAACAAAAAUAGCGCUGCAACAACCAUCCAAGCUAAUUACAGAGGAUAUAGAGUUCGUCAGAUUCGGCGCACCAGAUCUGAAGCUGCCGUCACGAUUCAGAGCUACUAUCGUGGUUACAGGACAAGAGAAAGUCUAAAAAAGCGAAGUUCUACCAAAACAUACCUGGAAGUGUCGGUUAGCGACGAGUUUGCGCUACAUCGUGAUAGUCGCACAUCGUUCAGUCUUCCCGUUGGGGUGAAGUUCGAGGGAAACUUAGACGAAGACAGCGACGAAGAGAUUGAUAAAAUGGUGGACAAACUAAAGGCGAUACAGGAGGCUUCGAGUCCUGAUCUUGCAGAGGACAAAGACGAUAAUUAAUUCGUAUAUAGCGCGAAAUCUCAGCGAUAAUUUUUCAAAGCAAAGACUGCAUUUUUUAAGUAAUCAGACAGCCAGUUAAGUACCAUUGAGUCUGAAAUACAGGCCUGAAAUUUUUUUUUUUUUUCAGGUCUGAUUUUCACUAUUGCUCAAAUAGUGCUUUACU